UUCGUGAGCCCGGGAAUCAGAACGGCAAAAGGAGAAGCUGCACUGAGAAGAUACCCCCCCCUUGAACCAAAAAGUUCUCCACCAUCUAAGAAAACCAUGCGUCCGUCACUGCUAUCCGUGAUCUUCGCUGUCUCGCUCAUUUUCAAGUGCUACGUGCUCUCAGGCGCACUGCCCAUGAUGACCAAAGACGACGACAACGCGUUAGACCAGGAGACAUUUGCUUCGCUGCUGAGCGAUAAGGCGACGGAAAAUGGCCUAGCUGAUGGAGAUCUGGGCGCAGACCUGAAGGCGAGAGGCUCCAAGAUCAUCGUCGUGGCCAGCCCAAACCUUUUGAGGGACCUGCGGGUGCUGAACGGUGGGAUGUCACUGUACAAGAGACGAGCGGACAACCAGGUCUCCACCGCUUCCGACACCAACCAGGACAUGGACAUCCCCAUCCUGAGGAGGGACAACAUGAGGUGCAUGGUGGGACGAGUCUACAGGCCGUGCUGGGAGGUGUAGGACCGGGAGAGAGAGAGAGGCGUUCUCCAUGUCUUCAUCGUCCUCAACAUCCUCCUAAUAAACCCCCAAAAUCUCUGCCUCUAUACUUGAAUUACUGCAAACAAAUAAAAAUUCUUGAAUUUUAA